AUGGCGUUGUCGUCGGAGCCAGAGCCGCCGUUCCGGCCGAGGGAGAAGAUCGUGGAGAAGCAGCGGUACUUCCAGAGCGUCCACAGGCCGACUUACCUCAAAGGCCGCUACGACAUCGUCAUCUCCGUGGCCAUCCCUCUCGCCCUGGCCGCCUCCAGCGUGUUCCUCGUUGGUCGCGGGAUCUACAACAUGUCUCACGGCAUCGGAAAGAAGGAAUGA